AUGAUUGUAAACGCUAUUGAACACGCUGAUUCAAGAAUUAAUCAAAAAAUUCUUAUUGGACCGAAUCAUAUUAAUGCAUAUCCGGGUGAAACAAUUCAAUUUCCUUGUAUUGUUUCCAAACAACCGAAUGCUAUUGUCACAUGGUGUUGGAAUGAUUUCUGUACAUUAGGUAAAACACAAUUAUUACGACAUGAAACAACCCGUAAUGGUUUAAUACAUAUUUAUCAAUAUGCUGCUUAUCCAAGAUUUCAAUUAUCUAUUAAUGAACGUCUUAAUCACUAUAAUUUGUCAAUUGUUCAUGUGUCAAAUAAAGAUGAAGGAAUAUUUCAAUGUCAAGUACAGCGAACAAUGGAUGCACAUGAAGCACGUUCUGAACGUGUUCGUUUAACUCUUAUUACUCCGCCAAAUGGUCAACCGACAUUGCUACUUCCUACUAUGCCAUUAAAACAAGGUCAACCAACUAAUAUAACUUGUUUAUCUGCUCCAUCAAAGCCAGCAUCAAAAUUAGUUUUAUAUAAAAAUGAACUCCCAAUAACAGAAGAACCUUUACCAAAGAUAACUUAUGAAUUAGAUAUACAAUCAAAAAAAAAUCUAACAAAAUUAAUUUAUAUUAUUGAUGAUCCAGAUGAUACUUGGAAUAAUGCACUUAUUAGAUGCGCUCAAUUUUAUGAAUAUGGAAAUUCUCCUUUUAGAGAUGCUGCAACAAAACUAAAAGUUUAUUAUAAACCAAAAGCUCGUAUUGAAUCUCAAAAUCGUUAUCCAUUAACAGUUAAUUCAACUGCAACAUUUCGUUGUAUUGUUUAUGGUAAUCCUGAACCAAAAUUUAGUUGGUUUGCCAAUUCAAUGGAUUUAACAUCAUUAACAAGUUCUAUAAUAAGCAUUCCAUUAUCAAGACAAGUACAUAAUCAUUCAAUCGGAUGUACAGCUACAAAUUCUAUGGGUACAACAAAUACAAGUAUUCGAUUAUUAAUUCGUUAUUCUCCAAAAUUUGUUGUUCGUCCGCCAAAAUUUGUUGUACUGGAUUUUAAUAAUCAACAAUCAUCGAAAUCAAAUCCAGUUAUACUUCGUUGUAUCGUUGAUUCAUUUCCUCGUUCAAAAAUAUCAUGGUAUCGUUAUGGAGAAAAAUUAAUUGAAGGUUCAUUAUUUAAUCUUGAAAAUAUAACAACACGAGAACAACAAGGACUUUAUUCAUAUCAAAUUGAAACAGAUGGUUUUCAAACAAUUAUCGAGGAUUUUAUUAUUUAUUUUAAAGGUAAACCAUUAAUUUAUAUUCAAGAAUUUAAACAUUAUCGUUCAUCAAAUACACGUGAAUUUGAAUGUCAAGUUUAUUCUUCGAGUCCAAUUCUUAAAAUAAGUUGGAGAAUAAAUGAUCAAUCAAUUGAAUCUACUGAUAAAUCAUUAAUAUCAACAACAUGUGAUGAUAAUAGUUGUAAAUCAAAAUUACUUUAUAAUAAUCGAAAAAUUCUUUCAUCAAUGAAUAAUCUUAAUCGUUUAUCUUGUAUUGCUGAAAAUGAACAUGGAAGCGAACAAAGUCGUCUUUAUCAAAUAAAUUCAUUUGAAGAUUCAUCAACUAUAUUAAUACCUGUUGUAUGUAGUAUUUUUCUUCUGAUUAUUAUUUUAUCAAUUGCUGCACUUUAUUGUGGUUGUCGUGCUAAACAACAACGAAAACGUUCAAGUAUAAAAAAGCUUCCUAUUGUUUAUGAUGCACAUUAUUCAAUAAAUGAAUUAAUUAAAGAUGUUGGAUGUUUACGAACAUCAGAUUUUCAUACAUGUAAUGAUAAUGAUCAAUUAUCAUUAAAAAUUGAACAAUCAAAAAUUGAACCAACAGAUCGUUUACUAGCAUCUUUAUUCAAUAAUAGUAGCAGUACAAAAAAAUUAAUGGAUAAUCUAUCGAAUGAAUCAUCUAUAAAUAGUUCUGGUUUUCAUUCAAAAUCAACUACAACAACAUUCAAUAAUGAAUAUAGUCCGAGAUUAGCCGAAAUAGCUGAUUACACAUUUUCAGGUAUGUAG